AUGCUGCACUUGGACCCUGCUCUUUUUGAAGAUGUACCGUCUUCCUCGAAUACGUCAAUGGAGUACGAAACUGUUGAUGAUGAAAUACCAAUAGAUCUUGCCACCUAUAUUGCAAAUUAUCAGGGAUAUAUACAUUAUCAGCGUCUAUUUUUUAUAGCUCAGCGCUGCCCCUCACUUCGAGUUACGGCGCUGCGUCUGGCUCAUGACUAUAUUAAAAAGUCUACGCUAGACACAUCGGCGUACAAUCGAGUCUUCCUAAUGUUGGCUGAACAGACAAAUCUUACCAUUAAUUCAUCAGCAUCCGGUGAAACAUCUAGACAACAAGCUGUUCCUGCAAUGCGCGCUGUCACAAACAAUCAUAUCACAGAUGGCUUGUCUAGUUCAGGAGAAUCAGCAGUACUAGGAUCCUCUCUAACAGAAGCUGCCAGGAAUGCUUUGACUGAAGUAAUGUCUGGUAAAAAUGAAGCUAAUCUGGUGUAUGAUGCGAAGUGGGAGGAAUCAACGCGACGGAAAGGAGUCAUGCUUUUGGAACAACUAGAUACAGAGCUGAAAAAUCAUAAAGCAAAUUCGAUUAAAGAGAGCAUACGUCGUGGGUCAGAUGAUCUUGGGGAUUUAUAUUUACAGUUAGGUCAAUUAAGCAAUGCGAACAAGUGCUUUACUCGUUCCCGAGAUUAUUGUACAUCUCAACACCAAGAGUUAACCAUGUGUUUGAAUGUUAUCAAGGUAGCUAUAUUUCAGCGUGCUUGGUCUCAUGUAAGCGCACAUGUUACCCGGGCCAACAGUUUAUCUGAAUUACGUGAUACAAAUUCAAUGACAGGUGCAAAUGCACCUGAAUUAAACGCUCAGCAACGGAAUCGUACCGACACAACAUCUCGGCUGGGUACAAGAACAACAGCCUCCGGAACAUCAGGUUCAAUGAGACUAGGCGAAUCCAUGGGACGUGGUGGUUCUUCUAGUCUUUUGGAUCCUACGGGUCGAGUUUUAUCGCGACAACCCAGUGACGGCCACCUAGGGCAAACGCCUAUAUCUGGUGGACAAAGUUAUCGUGAUGCUUUAGCCCAAGCCCGGACUCAGUUAGCUAUCGCAGCUGGAUUAGUUGAAUUGGCUUCUCGUAAUUAUAGAGGUGCUGUUAUGCAUUUCCUUCAAGUUAAUCCUGAUCAUUGUGAAUCACCUAUAAGUCGAAUUGUAACUGUAUCAGAUUUAGCAUUUUUCAUAACACUAUGCAGUUUAGCUACUUUUGAGCGUACAGAACUAGCAACAUUGGUUCUUGGAAGUACAUCUUUACGCUUACUCUUAGAAGCUGAACCUGCUUGUCGUGAUAUGCUGCAAUCAUUUCAUCAAGCUGACUAUGCAGCAUGUUUAGGUCGGUUAAAUAAAUUACGCAAUUUUUUAAAACUGGAUAUAUUUUUAUCUGAUCAUGUAACUACACUAUGCAAAGAGAUUCGAUCACGUGCCCUUUGUCAGUACUUCAGUCCAUAUUCUUCCGCUGAUUUAAAUCAUAUGGCUAAAGCAUUUGAUACAAAUGUGGCCGGUUUAGAAAAUGAACUUGCUGUACUUAUACAAGAUGGCAGUAUUAAGGCUCGUAUUGAUUCACAUAAACAGCUUCUCCGUGUAUUAGACGUGGAUCAACGUUGUUUGACGUUUGCUCGAGCUAUACGUCUUGUCGAUGAGUACAAAAAUCGUGCACAGUCAAUGAUACUUCGAAUGGCAUUAGCUCGUCAAAAGUUUUUAAUCAAGGUAAGUAGAUUCAUGAAAUAUGCUGGAAAUUAA